AUGGCAACCGCCGCCCCCGACUCCAAAGCCAUCGUCCUCAUCACCGGCGCCAACCGGGGCAUCGGCUUCGAAAUCGCUAAAAAACUCGCUACCUCCCCCGACAAACCCUACCAUAUCAUCCUCUCCAGCCGGCACCACUCCUCGGUCGAGUCCGCCAUCACCACCCUACGCGCCCUCCCCAACCUCCACAGCUCCACCACCCUCGAACCUCUCCCUCUCGACCUAACCUCCGACACCUCCAUCUCCUCCGCCGCCGCCCACAUCUCCACCAAACACAACCACCUCGACAUCCUAGUCCACAACGCCGCCAUCUCCUUUUCCUCCCUGUCCACACACGUCACAGACCCACACGCGCCGCAGCGGGAACGAGAGAACUGGCAUGCAAUCUUCGACACGAACCUGAUCGGUCCCGCUCUCCUAACCGACGCACUUCUCCCUCUACUAUCCGCCUCUCCGCAACCAGAGCGCAAAAUUGUCUUUGUUAGUUCCAAGCUGGGGUCGAUCGCGUACACUUUCGACGAAGUCAAUAGUCGUCACAUCGACUUAAAUGAUGCUACGAGGUUUACCGAGUAUAGUGCGAGUAAGGCGGCACUGAAUCUGUAUGCGAAGCAUUUGGCUUGGAGGUUGGAACAUUCACAUGGGGAGGGAGGAGGCUCGGGGAGGGGAAAGAGUGAGGGGGAGGGAGGAGACAAAAAGGGAGGAGAGGAGAAAAAGGGCAAGUGGAAAGUCAAUGUGGUUUGUCCGGGGUAUACGAAGACGGGGUUGAAUAAUUACCAGGGAACGCAGGAGCCGAGUGAGGCGGCGAAGAUUGUAGUGAGACUUGUGCAGGAGGAAGGAGGAGAGACGGGGACAUUUAGGGAUAAGGACGGGAUUGUGCCUUGGUGA